AUGUACGGCUCUACCGCGUCAACAGCAACCCUUACAGGCCAGAAGCGAGCCCGUGACUACCUCGCUCCCGCGUGGAGCCAGUACCAUUCCGGCGGAGACGCUAGUAACGCUGGUACAGGUGCUGCGGGAUACCACCAGAAUGGCGGGAACGAUCAUCAGGGGGAUGAGGAAGACGAGGGAGACUACCUUGCGGCUCUGCGCGGGCGCAACAGCGGGCGAUGGCGCGCCAUCGAGGCGGAGUUCAACCCCAAGGGCGCGGGGAGGGGGAGGGGCCGCGGAAGAGGCGCAGGGGGUCGCGCGGCAGGUGCGCCAGGCGGAAGAGGCGCAGGAGCAGGCGCAGGUGGGGGGAACUUCAACGGGGACGGAAUAAACAGCGGGUAUGGCGCCGCGAGUUGGGGAGGGGGUCACGGAGGGAGCAAUGCUGGUGGAGGCACGAGGUCGGGCGAAUGUUUCAAAUGCGGGCAGCUCGGCCAUUGGUCAAGAGACUGCCCGAAUAAUACUGGCACUCCCCAUUCUGGUAGCGGAAGUUUUGCUGGUAACCCAGCAGGUUCUUGGAAACCGGGCACGGGGGAGGCGUUUUCCAACAGGGGGAGCAGCGGCGGAGGGGGGUGGAGCGCUGGUGCGUCUGCUGCAGGGGGUGACUUUGGUGGUGGGGGAGGCGGUGGUGACGUGCCGGAGAGGUUCUGUGCAUGUGGCGCUGGGCGGUGUGCUGUGCUGACUGCUCGAACGGAGAGGAACAUGGGCAGGCAUGGUGUGAUGCAGCUGCAAGCACCACCGGCUCUGCACCCUCUCGCCAGCACUCCCUCCCUUCCUACCCCGCAUCCCCAUCACCGUCAUCCUCAGCUUCAGUCGCUACAGGCAGAAGGGCAAGCUGGGGUGGUUCUGGGACCACUGGGGGGAUGGGCGCGGGGGGGACAGGAGGUGGAGCAAGCUGGGGUGGCGCAGGGGGAGGAGUGGGGCAAGCGGGCGUGGGCAGAGGAUCCGGGGGGUCAGCAGCAGGAGGGAUGGGGCACGCUUCAAUGGGGCAAGGGGGAGUGGGGUCAGGAGCAGCAGCAGGGUCAAUGGAUUGCGCAUGUGGCGGGCGACGUGGUCUGUGGUCGUGAUUCGUUAGUCUGCUUGAGUCAGGCGACUAGGCGGCGCUUUCUGCGGAUCUGCCAUCUGAUCCCCUUGAUCCACCCGAUCCAUCCGUCCUCCAUCCACCACCUUUCACCUUCGCCCGCUCCUUCGCCCCCCGCCUUGCUCUGCCUCGUUCCGCCAAUGGCGCACGCUCUCGCCCGUUCCGCCGCGCAGCGCCUCCGCCUGUCGGUUGCGCCUCCGCUUCCCGCAGGCAUUCGCAUGCAGACCAGGGGCUUUGCCGCAGAUCAUCAUGGUCCUAAGAGGGUGAACAUUUGGGAAGACCCGCUCAACCCGGGGAGAUGGAAGGAGGAGCACUUCGUGUUCGUUUCGCUAGGAGGUUGGGGCCUUGUUUUCUAUGGCGCUUACCGGGCUUUCUCGGGCGGCAAGAAGGCUGAGCCUGCUCAGGAGGCGGCACCAGCAGCAACUGAAGCAGCAGCUGUAAGUGUUGGAAAUGCAUGA